AUGUCAAGAUCAACACGGCGGACCACCCGGCGCACGGCUGUAGUUGACUCAGACGACGAGCUGUCGAUGGCUUCGGUCACGCAGUUCAGCAACAAUGACGAGGAGGACGAGCUUGCACCAGACACAUCGGUCGCCUCAACAUCGACAACAACUUCCAGGAGGACAACAAGGGGCGCGCGUAAGUCGUCAGCCCCCGCUCCCGCUGCGACAACACGAGCAAGAGGCCGUCCCAAGAAGACACCCACGCCCAAACCUCAGCCCAAGUACGAGGAGAGCGCAGACGAAGACGAGCCCGAUGUCGCGGCGCGCAGGAGCUCGACCGCUAGCAGCGCUACCGUGGCCGCCGACGACGUUGACGAAGACGACCUUCUCGCCGAUGUCACCGCCGACGCCACGGUCUUGAAGUUGGAAGACCAGGUUACCCAACUCCCCUCCAUUGCUGUCCGAGCCAGCACCCCCAAGAAGCGCCAGAGUUCCGUGCCCAGUUCCUCCAAGACAAACGCCGUCCCUCCCACGCCUCAGACAUCCCAGAAACGUCCUUUUCCCAUGUCGACGCCCAUGCUGGCCACGCCCCUGACCAACAUGACCACCAGCAACCUGGAUACAGUGAAGCGGAACGAUGGCCAGACGACAAUCCGCGCAAACAAGUUCAACACGAGCAUCAUGGACAAGCCCCUUGACAUCAUGCUCAAGUCACGCACAACCGCCAUCCCCUUCAUCGAGGAGACGCCACCCAAGUCGCGUACCGUCCUCUCGUACUUGGUUCUUGAAAACUUCAAGAGUUAUGCCGGCCGCCAGGAGGUUGGCCCCUUCCACGCCUCGUUUACGUCGGUCGUCGGUCCCAACGGAUCUGGCAAGUCCAACGUUAUCGACUCUCUGCUAUUUGUAUUUGGCUUCAGGGCCAGCAAGAUGCGUCAGGGCAAGAUCUCGGCUCUUAUCCACAACUCUGCCGGGCACCCCAACCUGCCGUACUGUGAGGUUGCCGUAUACUUCAAGGAGGUCAUGGACAGGCCCGGAGGCGGAUCUGAUGACAUCCCAGACUCCCAGCUUAUCGUCUCGCGCAAGGCCUUCAAAAACAACACAAGCAAAUACUACAUCAACGGCAAGGAGUCCAACUUCACCCAGGUCACGACGCUCCUCCGUGAUCGGGGUGUCGAUCUCGACCACAAACGAUUCCUAAUCUUACAGGGUGAGGUCGAGUCGAUCGCCCAAAUGAAGCCCAAAGCCCCCAACGAGCACGACGACGGCCUUCUGGAGUACCUCGAGGACAUCAUCGGUACAUCCAAGUACAAGUCUCCCAUUGAGGAAUCUGCGGCCGAGGUCGAGGCCUUAAACGAAGUAUGCGCCGAGAAGAACGGCCGCGUGCAGCACGUCGAAAAGGAGAAGAAUAGUCUCGAGGACAAAAAGGACAAGGCCACGGCCUUUAUGCGCGACGAGAACGAUCUGUUCCUGAAGCAGUCAGCGCUAUACCAGCUCUAUAUUCACGAGUGCAAAGAAAACAUCUCCGUUACCGAAGAAGCCAUCAACCAGAUGCAGGCUCAGCUCGACGUCGAGCUCGAGAAGCACCAGGGUGGCGAGCAGACCAUCAAGGAUCUCCAGAAACAAUACGCCAAGGGCAACAAGAGCUUCGAAGUUCAGGAGAAGGAGACGCAGAGCCUGGUCAAGGAAAUGUCCAAGUUUGAACACGAGCGCGCCGAUGAGACUAUCGAGCAGUGCUCCGAGGAGCUUGAUACGCGUACCAAGGAGCUCGUUGAUCUCGAGGAGCAGGUCAAGACCGAAGAGGCCGAGCUCGCCAGCAUCCGUGAGGAGCUCAAAGGCAAGACGCAGGAGUUCUCGGACCAGAUUGCUACCAAGCAAAAGGCCCUCGAGCCCUGGACGGAGAAGAUCAACCAGAAGCAGUCGGCCAUUGCCGUUGCGGAAAGUGAGCUCAACAUCCUACAGGAAAAGGCCAACGCCGGUGCUGUCGCCAUCGAGGAGCUAAAAGGCAAGAUUUCGUCCGCCCAGGAGCACAGAGUGGCGAAGCAGAAGGAGCUCAAGGCCUGCGAAGCCGAAAAGGCCGGACUUCUCCAGGAAGCCGAGAGGAUGAAAUCGGAGCUGAAGGUGCUGGUCGAGCAAGAGCCUAAGAUGCGCAACAAGAUCUCGAAUGCCCGCCAAAAGGCCGACGAAGCCCGCUCUAACCUCGCCAGUACCCAGGCGAGGGGAACCGUCCUCACGGCCCUCAUGCGCAUGAAGGAAUCUGGUCGCAUCGACGGUUUCCACGGCCGUCUGGGAAGCUUGGGCACCAUUGACUCGCGGUACGACGUGGCCAUCUCUACGGCUUGUGCUGCUCUUGACAAUUUCGUGACGGAGACUGUCGACGCCGGUCAGCAGUGCAUCGAGCAUCUCCGCAAGAACAACCUCGGCCGAGGCAACUUCAUAUGCCUGGACAAGAUGCGAUCGCGCGACCUGUCGGCCAUCCAGACACCCGAAAAUGCCCCGCGACUGUUUGACCUGGUCCAGGCCAAGGAAGACAAGUUCCGUCCAGCCUUUUACCACGCGCUGCAGGACACCCUUGUGGCCAGCGACCUGGCCCAGGCCAACCGCAUCGCCUACGGCGCCAAGCGCUGGCGCGUGGUGACUCUGGCCGGGGAGCUGAUCGACAAGUCGGGUACCAUGUCUGGUGGUGGCGCGACUGCCAAGAAGGGACUCAUGUCGUCGAAGCAGGUGGCCGACAUCUCCAGGGAGCACGUCACACAGCUCGAGGAGGACCGGGACUCGUGGGAGGGCAAGUACCAGGAGUUCCAGGAGUACCAGAGGGAGUGCGAGACUCGUCUGCGCGAAAUCAGUGACAAGGUCCCCCGCCUCGAUACCGACAUGCAAAAGAUCACCCUCGAGCUCGAGAGCACCACGCGGAACUUGGGUGACCUCCAACGACGCGUUAAGGAAGAGGUGACCAAGCUCAACAGGGAAAUCGAGAAGCUCCACGGGGAGACGUCGAGUCUCGAGGCCGAGAUAAAGGCGCUGCAAGACAAGAUUAUGGAGGUUGGAGGUGAGAAGCUGCGUGCCCAGCGUGCGAAGGUAGACAGCAUCAAGGAGGAGAUUUCCUCGAACCAGGAGGAGAUCUCCAAUGCCGAAGUCAGAAGGGCCAAAGCCGAGAAGCAAAAGGUCAAGCUCAGCAAGGAUGUCGCCAAAGCCACCAAGGAGCUCAGCGCCGCAGAGCAGGAUCUCGAGAGUCUCGACCACGACGUCAACCACCAGGGCGAGAAGGCUGACGAGCUGCGCACUCGCGUCGAGGAGGCCGAGGAGGCUCUUGCAGCUACCAAGAAGGAGCUCAAGGCGCUCAAGACCGACCUGGACGAGAAGAUGUCUGAGCUCAAUGAAACACGCGCAGUCGAGAUUGAGAUGCGCAACAAGCUCGAGGAGAACCAAAAGGCCCUCACCGAGAACCAGCGCCGUCUGCGCUACUGGCAGGACAAGCUGUCUAAGAUUUCGCUGCACGAUAUCAAUGAGUUGACGGGAGGCCAAGCGCAAAGGCGGAAGAAGUCUCCCAAGGCACAGCCCCAGCCUCGGAAGCAGAAGCAACAGUCGGACGAAUCAGGCGAAGAGGGUAUCGAGGACGAGGAGAUGGAAGAUGCCUCAACGGGCGACGCAGACUCUGACAAGGACGUCGAAAUGGCCGAUGCCCAGUCCGAGGAAGGACAGGAGAAGGAGGCGGGCGAAGCCGAGGACAUGGAAGAGGGGGAGGACGGCGACGACGACGACCAGUCCAUCGUCGACCCGCAGCAGCUCCCCGUCUACACACCUGACGAGCUAGCGGACAUGAACAAAGACAAGCUCAAAGGUGAGAUUGCCGCGCUGGAAGAGAAGACGCAAAACGUCAACAUCGACCUAGCGGUGCUGGCCGAGUACCGCAAGCGGGUGGAAGAGUACGCUGCGCGAUCUUCAGAUCUCCAGGCAGCGAUCGAGCAGCGUGACGCGGGCAAGAAGCGGUGCGACGACCUGCGCCGCCUUCGCCUCGAGGGCUUCAUGGACGGCCUCAGCGUUAUCUCGCUACGCCUCAAGGAGAUGUACCAGCUCAUCACCAUGGGCGGAAACGCCGAGCUCGAGCUGGUGGACAGUCUGGACCCGUUCAGCGAGGGUAUCCAGUUUAGCGUCAUGCCGCCCAAGAAGAGCUGGAAGAACAUAAGCAACCUUUCUGGUGGCGAGAAGACGCUGAGCAGUCUAGCCCUCGUGUUUGCGCUACACCACUACAAGCCUACGCCGCUCUAUGUAAUGGACGAGAUUGACGCGGCUCUUGAUUUCCGCAACGUCUCCAUUGUCGCCAACUACAUCAAGGAGCGCACUAAAAACGCACAGUUCAUCGUCAUCUCCCUGCGCAACAACAUGUUUGAGCUGGCAGCCCGUCUCGUGGGCGUCUAUAAGGUCAACCACAUGACCAAGAGUGUGACGAUUGAGAACAAUGAUUACAUCCAGCGUCCUGGACGGCCAUCACAGUCUCAGCAGUCUCAGUCGUCGCAGCAGAGACCUGGGUCGAGCGCUAGUAGUGGCUUGACGACGACUUUGGCGAUGAGAUAA